CUGAUCAUCAGUGGAGUGGAGUGGAGCUAGUCAGCUAGCUUAGCUUUGCUGUCUCGAUCGAUCGGCCGGUGAUUCGAUCACCAAGAUGAUCGGGUGGGGGGACGUGUACAAGGUGGUGGCGGCCAUGGCGCCGCUCUACUUCGCGCUGGUGCUCGGCUACGGCUCCGUGCGGUGGUGGAGGCUCUUCACGCCCGACCAGUGCGACACCGUCAACCGCCUCGUCGCCUACUUCGCCGUGCCCUUCUUCGGCUUCGACUUCGCGUCCCGCGUCGACCCCUUCGCGCUCAGCUACCGCGUCCUCGCCGCCGACGCGCUCUCCAAGCUCGCCGUCGCGCUCGCCCUCGCCGCGUGGGCCGCCUGCUGCUGCUUCUUCUGCGUCGGCGGCGGCGGCGGCGGCGGUGGAGCCAAGCGCCGCGGCGGAGGAGGAUCAGGGUACUCGGUCUCGUGGUGCAUCACCGGGUUCUCGCUGGCGACGCUGAACAACACGCUCGUCGUCGGCGUGCCGCUGCUGGACGCCAUGUACGGCAAGUGGGCGCGCGACCUCAUCGUGCAGAUCUCCGUGGUGCAGAACAUCGUCUACUUCCCGCUGCUGCUGCUCGCGUUCGAGGUGAGGCGCGCCUGGGGCGCCAAGCCGCCGUCGCCGUCGCCGCCUGCUGGUACCGACGACGGCGUGGAGGACGGCGGCGCCGCCGUGGAGGCGGCGGCGGCGAGGGCGAGGCAGUCGGUCUGGCCGCUCGUCAGGGCGGUGUGGCUCAAGGUGGCGCGCAAUCCGAACGUCUACGCGGGCGUUCUUGGCGUCGCGUGGGCGUGCGUCACGAACAGGUGGCAUGUCCAGACGCCAAGCAUCAUAGAGGGGUCAGUGCUGAUCAUGUCCAAGACAGGAGUUGGACUCUCCAUGUUUAGCAUGGGGUUGUUCAUGGCGUUGCAGGAGAAGAUCAUCGUCUGCGGCGCCGGGCCGACGGUGCUCGGCAUGGCGCUCCGGUUCGUCGCCGGACCGUCCGCCACCGCCGUCGGCGCCUUCGCGCUGGGGCUCCGCGGCGACCUCCUCCGUCUCGCCAUCAUACAGGCUGCACUUCCUCAGUCCAUCACAACGUUCGUGUUUGCAAAGGAGUACGGUCUGCACGCCGAAGUUCUCAGCACAGCGGUUAUAUUCGGGACAUUGGCGUCAUUACCAGUGCUGAUCGUGUACUACAUUGUUCUAGGCUUCAUACGAUAGGUGGUCACUGAUCAGACUCAAGUUUUGUCUCUUCAGGAAUCAAAGUGCAAUGCAAAGUAGCAUGACAAUCCCAUGAAGAUUGGUAGUAGUAUCGAUCAAGCUAAGCAAGGUACCUACAGAAUUUGUACUCUGUGCUCUUAGGUGAAUAAUAUAUCAGCAUUAUUAUCAUAUCUUUUCGCUUAUAUUUAUACU